CUCUAGCUCUAUAGUCUCUUUUUUCAUUUAUCACAUCCAUGGGUUGCCACUUUCUUGAUGUUAGUUAAUAAUAUUAGUAGUUUUCACAUAACUAUAAUUUCCUUUUCCUUAUACUUUAUUGUAAUCAUCGAUCGUGUUUAAUUUGAGUUUCUUGUUUAGUUUGGAAUUGAGACAUAAUUGAUUGACCGUUAACGUUCUUGAGUCUGAUACGAAAUUUUUAAAUGUCGUCUGAUCUAAUGGAGCCUCUAUGUGAUGUAUGUGGGUUGGAGAGGGCAGUGGUGUACUGUAAACCAGAUGCAGCUAAGCUUUGCUUUCAUUGUGAUGGAAGUGUACACUCAGCAAAUUGUUUAUCUCGAAAACACAUUCGUUCUCUCAUUUGUGACAAUUGCAGUUCAGAGCCUGCAAUUGUACGUUGCAUGAUUAUGGAAAUGUGUUUAUGUGAACGCUGUGAUUCGAAUACAAUUGGUUGCAAUAUGGUAUCAGGGCAUCAACACGAGAAGUUGGAUUCUUAUAGUGGAUGUCCAUCUCCAGCUGAGUUUAUGACAAAGAUUUUGUCAACAGCUUUUGAUGAAAUGUCUAAUAAUAAGGUACAUAAUCUUAGUAGAUUUGAUACUGCUAGCUCAUUAAGUGUCAAUGAGAAUAAUUGCUCAAUGGUGGCUAGCAAACUCAAUGAAUUUGCUUCUUGUAUGAAGUUUGAACCAUGGGCAAUUCCUUCUUCAGUAAUUCCUUCAAAUUCCACAUACUUGACAACCUACAACAUAGAUCAACCAGCAUUCUCAGAUGGAUCUAGCCUCCCUAAGCAAAGUAGUACUACUAUUAAAGAUCAUGAAAUUUAUGGAGCUAAUGAUCUUGCGGGGGAUGUUGAUUUGGACGAAUUGAGUUCCAAUUCUAGUUACAAUAUUUUCAGCAGUUUACAACAAAGUCAUUCAAGAUAUUAUAGUGAAGACAGGGGAUUGGAUUGCCUAGUGAUGGAGAAAAAUUUAUCUGUCAUUGGGCCUAAUAGUCAUGUUGAAACUGCACUAGAGGCACCAUCUUCAGUGAGUGGAACUGCUAAUUCCAUGUUUAUGAAUCCAAGUUGUAAUGGAAACACUGGCUUAGCUUUUACACAAGGACCAGUUCAUUCAAAGUCAUUGUCACUCUCCAACAUCACCACAGAAAGUAGUGACGCAACUGAGUAUCAAGAUUGUGGGUUUUCGCCACUCUUUCCGCCUUGUGAUUGGAAUUCAGAAACUAGUUGUCUACGGGCAAGGAAUGAAGCCAAGAUGAGAUACAAUGAGAAAAAGAAAACUAGAACGUUCAGAAAACAAAUAAGAUAUGUUUCACGUAAGGUCAGGGCAGAUACGAGAAGGCGAGUUAAAGGCAGAUUUGUUAAGGCUGGGGAAGCUUAUGAUUAUGAUCCAUUAGUAACAAGGGAUAUGUGAGCUAAGGUAGCUGAUUUUGGGUUCUUCUACUUUGUCAAAACUUGUCGAAGUGUUAAGGUAUCUUAAUGUAAAGACACUAAAACCAUCAAAUUCCUUUAUGACAAGUCAGAGAGAGUUUAUGCUAGUACCAGAGCUAGAAAAUUUGUCAUUGGUUGUGUCUGUCAAUCCGACUUAGUUAUGACAACAAACCUGAAUGAGAUGUAUAUAUCCUGUGUGCAGGGCGUUGAAGAUAUAAGUAAGCAAAUAAAAGUGUUUCUUCUCUAAUAUCUAAAGUUUUUCGAUGAACUGGUGAUCA